GAGCCAAAGGGAGUCUUGUUCGGUUUGAACUCCGUGCCCGUUGCUCGUUGGUUUAAUCAGAAAUAUUUCUAAUUAUGACUCAUCUCUAAUUCUCUAUCGUCAAAUCUCAUAGAUUCUGCCUCUACUCUCUCUCUCUCUCUCUCUCUCUCUCUCUCCCUCCCUCUCUCUCAUAUGCAUAUACAGUCGCCACCUCUUGCUCUACAAAUCCUUCUCGCCUUCCCCGGAUCACCCUCAGAUAAGCACUCAGAAAACUUAUAUUUACAACUGGCUCUGAUGUCUUGCAUACAGAUCAUCUCGCUUUCUUUCGAUUUUAAGUAGUAUUAAUUGUUUCAACUUAAUAAUUUGAUUUUUAAUAAUAAAUCAACUUUAGCUUUAAUUUCUUUCUUUUAAUUGCUAUCUAGUGACUCUUUAUUGCGUUGAUUGGAUUAUUUCUUAUGGUUUCGAUUUGAAUGUAGUGAAACUCUGAAACUGUUCUUGCUUGUGCAUUUGAUUUCGAUGUUUCGUAGAUUUUGAUGUUGUGUUUUAAGUUGAGGUAAAACAGAAAUGAGGAGCAGAGGCUCUUUAAAUGACUUAACUUAUAAGUCCGCGCCAGGUUCCGUGAAGGAUUCGUCGAUUGGACUCACUAAAUUGAUGCUGUUUUUAAUAACUUUCGUAGUUGGUGUCGUGAUUGGGAUUACAUCGAGCUCUCAUUUUGAUCGCUACUUUCAGUACCAGGCAGAACAGUUUGAUGGUAAUCAAGCUGUUACUCCCGAGCCUGAUCGUAGCAGUGUAACUGUAGUUCCUUGUCCUGUUGUCCCUAAGUGUGAGAAAGAGGAUUGUUUGAGUAUGGGGAACUUUUUGGCUCCGAAGAAUUUGUCCCAUUUAAUGACUGAUAAGGAGCUGUUUUGGAGAGCUUCGUUGAGGCCACUUAAGGCUCAGUAUCCGUAUCCUAGAAAGCCAAAGGUGGCGUUUAUGUUCUUGACGAGGGGACCUUUGCCAUUGUUGCCGUUGUGGGAAAGAUUCUUUGUUGGACAGAGUAAAAAGAUGUACUCCAUUUAUGUUCACGCGAUUCCUGGUUUUGAGCUUGAUGUAGCCAAUACUUCUGCUUUUUACAAGCGCCAAAUACCUAGCCAGAAAGUUCAAUGGGGAACAAUAUCUCUUUUUGAUGCAGAGAGACGUCUUAUAGCCAAUGCGCUGCUAGAUUUCUCAAAUGAGCGAUUUGUUCUUCUCUCUGAAAGCUGUAUCCCAGUUUACAACUUCCCAACUGUAUACAGGUAUCUGACUGGAUCCCAACACAGUUUUGUGCAAUCUUAUGAUGAGGAAUCCCGCUAUGGUCGUGGCCGCUACAGCCACCACAUGGAGCCCCAUAUUCUCCUUCGUGACUGGAGAAAAGGCUCGCAAUGGUUUGAGCUCAGCCGUAGUUUGGCAGUUGGAAUAAUCUCAGAUACCAAGUACUACACACUCUUUAAAAAGUACUGUUUGCCUUCUUGUUACCCCGAUGAACAUUACCUUCCAACUUACAUUCAAAAGUUCUACGGAUCUCUAAAUUCAAACCGAACUGUGACUUAUGUUGACUGGUCACAAAUAAGUCCCCACCCUGCAACCUUUACCGCUGAGAAUAUUACAGAAGAUUUUAUACAAUACAUAAGGAACAACGGGACACUCUGUCAUUAUAACUUCGAUAGAACACCUAUUUGUUACUUAUUUGCCAGAAAGUUUGCUCCAACAGCAUUGGAGCCUUUGCUAAACCUUAGUUUGAAAGUGAUGGGGUUUUGAAAUUUUGAUAUUGUUGAGUUUGUCUUUAUUCCUUUUCCGCUAUAAUCUCAUCCUAAUACUAGGCACAGAUGACCUGUUAGUUAAUCAAAAAAUAGUGUGUGAUAUUAGGAAGUGAGAAAUGCUAGGAUCUAUGAUACAAAAUUUUCUGCCUAUGAAUGGCACAUUAUUUUACCC